GGAACACGACAGGAUCUGGAAAAUGCAAAUUGGUCAGGACAAGUGACGGGCAAAGACUGCAAGAAUAGUUUCCGAGCAAGUUGUGUUGUAGUAAGGCUGGGUUUGGCUUGGCUGAUCUCGGUAUUGCCAGCAGUUCCUCUCGUGCGGCCGAGCGCAGUGCGCGUGCGCCGACCCGCGACUACCACGACCUUAAACAUUCACCGACCAAACAUUAGCGAGUUUAUAGCAUUAAUCAAGUGCUUCACAGUGAUACCGAAUUGAAGUGGCAAUAUCACUCGGAUCUCGUGCAGUGAAAGGCUCCUCGCGUCACGUCAGUGUUUAUAUGCAAGCAUCUAUACGGCGAAAUCGACAUGGAGCAGAACGACAUUAAAAGCACACUUUGGAAUGAAGAAGAGCUAUCCUCGGGUACGUCGGGCCCCGCGGUGUCUGCGCUGGGCGGGUCCACGCUGCCGGUGGCGAGCAUCGCGGGGCUGACGGUGCUGGUGCUGGUGGCCAUUGCGCUCGUCUUCCUGCUGGGAGUGUUGAUCGACUGCCGGCAACAGAAACUUCUUGAGAAGAAGAUGGGAGAAGUGAAACGUCUGAAAAAUCAGCGCCGGGUCAACACGAAUCCUGAAGGAGAAAGCGUCAGUAUAACCAGUAACAUGGAAGAACCCGGAUUAAGCAUUCCCCCGUCAGAGAUAUUGCGGACCGUACCGUGACCUUAGUAUCAAUAAUAAGUGUACCUUAUAAUAUAAAAUGGGUUCACGUGACUUCCUCAAUAAUUUACUCUAGUUUAAUUGGAAAAGUGUUAUUAUGUUAUAAUUAUGUGAAAUAUGUGCCGUAAUCUCGAAUAGUUAUAAUAAGAUACAAAGGAUUUCGUGUAAGUCUAAGUAUAGAGAUAUCUUCGUACUUUAAAAGUUUUUAUAAAUAAUAAUGGAGUUUUAUAUUUUACUAUUUAGUACCAAAGGGAGUUAGUUAUGUAAGUACUAAUAUACCUAUUACCUUAAUAAGUCGUAAAAAUUAUUAAGUACUUAGGUUUUAUUUUAAUGAAUAAGUAUUUUCUUAUAAAAUGUACGGAUAUAUACAUAUCAAAUUAAAUCAAAUGAAUAUAUUUUGUAAAUACAUAA